AUAGGUAAGCAGGGAUGAUCUGACAAACACUGGAGAUUUUGGUAGAGCAGGGGACAUAGUUCUGAGAAAGGAUAGGGGGAAUCCUGUACCUGGCAUCAGAGAGCUCAAAAGACCUUGGGGUCUUUUAAUAAUAAAACUCAGAGAGAAAGCUAAACAGGAAGCUAAAGAAGAAGGCUGAGGAUAAGAGCUGAGCAGAAAAUGGAAGAGAGAAACCCAAGGAAGAAGAGGGGACACCAUUGGCCAGUGUGGCAGAAAAGUCAUCAGACAGGAACAGAAAGCACAUCAUAAGAGAGGAAGGAAGAAGUCCUUGUUAGGAGGAAAUUCAAUCUGCUGCAGACCACUCAGUAAUGGGAAAUGGGCAGAUAAGGUAGCAGAAGAAAGUUGAUAAUGUGAGUGGGCAGCCAAGUUCCUGGGCAAGUACUUUCCUUUCACUUGGCGUCAGUUCUCUCCCCUGUAAAAUAAUGGAAUUGGAUGAGAUUAUUUCUAAAUCCCCUUCCACACUGACAUUUGGGAGGCUGUGUUCCUGACAUAUACGGCUCAUCAAUAUAGUUUAUUUCUGAGUAAUUCUUGGUGCAGAGAAGGACAGAUCAAUGGAGAGAUAUAUUGACAUUUCUUUUAAUGAUUAAUCUAAGGAAAGCAAUCAUAUGUGUAAAGAACCAAAGGUUCAGUCUCUCUUCCAAUCACCUUUUGCCUCCUUAAAUUGACUGCUUCCAUGACGAGAUAAAGAUAAAGCUCAGGGUAUGAAAACUCCCAAGUUGUGACAAGGAACAGAGUAGAGUUCAUACAGCCUGCUCUUUCUUAGGGAGCCUGGACUUUGCAGAGAUGGCCACAGGCCUCCAACCUUGGCCCUGGGCUUUGGUGAGGCUGGCUCUCUGUGCUGCCUGCCUGGGCUUUGUCCAAGGGGGCAAGCUGCUGGUGGUCCCCACGGAUGGCAGCCACUGGCUCAGCAUGCAUAAAGUGGUUCAGGAGCUCAGCCUGAGAGGCCAUGAGAGUGUUGUCCUGUCACCAGAGCUAUCUGUGCGCAUCAAGGAAGCGCCAUUUUACACUCUGAAGACCUUUCCAGUCAAUUUCAGCAAGGACCUCUUUGAAGAGUUGACAGAGUCUGAAUUCCAACUGACUUUUGACCCUCAACCUUUAAUCAAGAGAUUUUUUAACACGGUUGCACUCUUUAAGAGAAUGAAUGCCAUGUAUUUUAGAUUUUGUGCAGACUUAGUGUAUAACAAGGAACUGCUGAAGUCCCUGGAAGAAGCCCACUAUGAUGCCAUUUUAACCGAUCCCAUUUUUCCCUGUGGAGCCCUUGUGGCACAGUAUCUGUCCAUUCCAGCUGUUUACUUCUUGAGAGGACUCCCAUGUCAUUUAGAUGCUGAAAGCACUCAGUGCCCAGAUCCAUCUUCCUAUAUCCCCAGAUUGGCUACAGACAACACAGACAAGAUGACAUUCCUACAGCGGGUAAAGAACAUUCUAUACCCUUUGCUUCAUAGUGUGGUGUGCCAUAUGAUGUAUUCACCUUUUGCAAGCCUGGCCUCAGAACUCCUUCAGAGAGAUGUGAGCAUAGUAGAUGUUUUCAAGCAUGGAUCGGUCUGGCUUAUGAGGACAGACUUUGUGAUGGAUUUCCCUAAACCUAUCAUGCCAAACAUGGUCUUCAUUGGGGGCAUCAACUGUGCCAGUGCCAAGCAGCUUUCUCAGGAACAUCACAAAUGCUUUGUUGGAGGAUAUUGAAUGAGAAGAGGAUAGAGGCCUUAGCCCAUGGAGUCAUUAGGAGGCAAGAUCAGGUGAUGAGGGCCAUGACCAGGUUGAAGGCUCUGUGAGUGGAGAAGAUAUGACAGAUGGUAUAAACAGUUGCAGAAGAGUCAGAACCCAACCCAAAGUUGUGAAUCCAGGUGACUCAAGGCAGCGGUAGCAGGGCAUGAGCAGAAAUGGAAGGGCUUGGGUGAAGAGGAGUGGGAAGUUGGGGAAAAUCUUCUGAUUUGUGCUUCAAUUGUGAUGCUAAUUCAAUUCAGUAAAUACUUCUGGAGAAAUGAUUUAAGACAGAGAGGCAGUGUGGCAUAGAUAAUAGUGAGCUGGCCUCAGGGUCCAGAAGAUGAGCAUUCCAGUAUUCUGAAUGAAUGAAUUAUAAAUCAGGACACGUUUCUGAGCAAGAAGGGAGAAAUGUUCAUAUGAGCAGACAUGAAGGGUACAUAUGACCACAUCAUCUUCUCUUUGUGAUACAACAACAGGCAUGACUGGACACACACUGUAGACUUUGGUAGAAUAAAGGACAAAGAGUUCUGAGAAAUGAGAGGUGAAUCCCUUCCCUUAGGACUUUACAGCUGAACAUCAGAGAGUUCAAGAGAUCUUCAGUCUCUCAAGAAUGAAACUCAGUGAAAUGAGCAGAACCAGGAGAACAUUGUACACUGUAUCAACAACAUUCUGUGUUGAUCAACUCUGAUAGAUUUGACUCUUCUCAGCAAUACAAUGGUCCAAGAUA